AUGGGUCUCAACUACAUGAGUUUGCUCACACCAAGCAAAGCUCCCUUCUAUGGCAUCGUCCCAGGAAACUUCUCUACACCAAUUGGCUCGGUCACUCUCCCGGUCACAUUCGGUACAUACUUCCGGAUAGAACAUAUCAAGUUCGAAGUAGCCGACUUCGAAUCAUCGUACCACGCUAUCUUGGGAAGGCCAGCACUAGCCAAGUUCAUGGCUGUAUCCCACUACGUCUACUUACUCCUCAAGAUGCCGGGCAAUACAGGAGUCCUCUCUCUGCGCGGGGAUCUCCUCAAGUCCUUCGAGUGUGACAAGGAGGCAAUUGUCCACGCCUCCGACAUUCGAGUACCUAACUCCGUGAGCGAGAUAUUCGCGGCCGCCAAGGAGCUAUCCCUCAACAAGGACUCGAUGCCCUCUAAGAAGCCAAGCCAGUCGUCGGUAAAACCAGCCAGGGACGUCGGCACCAAGACUAUCCAACUACAAGAGGGAGAUGACUCUAAAACUGCUAUCAUUGGAGCAGGCUUAAGCGACAAAUAG